AUGACCAGGAAAUGCAUCGUGGAGAACUGUGACCGGUAUCGAGACCCAGGGUCAGGAGUGUCUUUCCACAGCCUGCCUAAACAUAACCCACAGCAGUACUUGCAGUGGGUGCAGUGGUUAGAAGCUGUGAAUGGAAAGGCAUAUAACUACCGCAAGAGUGAUGGUGUUUGCUCACUGCAUUUCGAACAGUCAUCUUUCUUUGUCGGACAUCACCGAGCUAAAUUGAGGCCUGAUUCAUGCCCUUGCAUACCCCCAGCGCAAUCCCAGCAACGCAAAAGUGCCAGCGUUAGGCAGGGAUUUGUACCAGACACGCAAGCACCGGAACCACCACCAUUACCAAAAGAGGUUGCAGAACUUGGGAAGGAUCCACAAUCAUCUCAGGCAUUUUUUAGACAGCACCGGGAAGGAGAGCAAAGCGAGGAACAAGCUGACACCGAAGGCACAAGCUUGGUGGAAACAGGAGACCUUGAGACUUCGCUUCAGCAGGUUUCUGAGACAGGAUUCGAAUUCCUGCAAACAUCCUCCCCGACCUUUGAAGUCUUGACCAUUCCAGUAGAAGAGCUGUCUGAGAAACCUCAAGAAUGCUAUGAUGAAAGUGGGUCGCAUAGCCCUGGACCAAGCAGUGAAGUCAUGAGAGAGCAAGAAUUACCAGAAGAGUACUACGAGGCUACAGUGGUCUCUGCAUCGUCUACGAGUCCUUCUCACCUGGCCGAACAAAGUUCUCCGGCAAAGAGGCAGUGCCAUGAAGUUUCACAAACCCAUCCCAAAAAUGUAAACGCCACCUUACAAGACCAUUCCUACAUAUCACGAACUACACCUCGCACCAAGCUAAAGGUCAUCCACCGCCACCUGGGAAGGGCAAGAAAGAGACUAUAUGCAGUAAAGCAAGCAAUCAGGCGACGCGAAAAAAAAAUCCGAAACCUGAAGAACAUGAUCAGUGACCUGAGGAGCAAAAACCUCAUCUCAGACGAGGCAGAACAGCAGCUAGAAUCUUUAGGUGAACUACCUGAUGAACUGCUCAAGGUAUGGAAAAAAAAACAAAAACGAAGGCCAACAGGCCGAAGGUACAGCGAGAGCUUCCGAAAAUUUGCCACGACAAUGCACUACUAUUCUCUGAGAGCGUACAGGUAUCUUGCGGAGCAAUUCCCAAUGCCUACUGAAGAGACUAUACGAAGUUGGCUAAACGUUGUUGAGGCCUGACCCGGAUUCACAGCAGAAUCUUUAACCCACCUGCAGCAAAAAUUCAAAGAUGCCCCAGAUGAAGACAAGCUAUGCAGCCUGAUCAUGGACGGAAUGAGCAUCAGGAAAAGGUGUGACUUGGACCUAAAGAGUGGAAAGCUGAUUGGCUAUGUAAAUUUUGGACACUCCCUAUCACAAGAAGAUUAUGACGAUGCACAACUGGGGGGGACAGAUUCUCUUGUUCUGAUGGCAGUUGGCGUCACAGUACCGUGGAAGCUGCCCAUUGCCUACUUCCUGAACAAUGGGUGCUCAGGCGACCUACUCAAAUCAAUUAUUAUCGAUGGAAUCCAUAGCAUUGAAGAGUGUGACCUACGUGUCACCUCCAUCGUUUGUGAUGGUCUUGCGUGGGGAAACGUCAGCAUGGGGAAACUUCUUGGCUGUCAGAUACAUGUCCAUCGGUCAGAAGAAUUUCGCACCUGGUUCCCACAUCCUCUGAGACAAGGAAAUCCGAUGGAGCUACAUCACAGAGCUACAUAAGCUACAGGGCACUGAAGGCUUCAGAGCAGCAAAUAAACUGACCCGAGCACACAUCGAUUAUCAAAAGCACAUAAUGAAAGUGCGGCUGGCUGCGCAGACGUUCAGUGCUUCGGUGAGCACUGCCUUGAAGUUCUCAAGAAUGCUCGGACUGCCGGCCUUUCGAGGGAGCGAAGCAACAGAAAAGUUCCUUGAAGACAUAAACGAGGCCUUUGACCUUCUUAACUCCUACUGGCAAAAUGGCUCCGGGUCGAAAGCUCCUCUUCAGCCAUCAACGUUCCAGCAACAAAAGGCUAGCAUGCUUGCCACAUCCUCGAAGUUAAUGACACUGCAACCCCCCUCUGGAAGACUCGCAACUCAGGACGGCCGAAGAAUGUCUGUCAUCAGUCUUGCUUUCACUCUCAGAAGUGUAGCGGAACUGUUUGAGUAACUCUUCAAUCAUAACCUGUGCAACCGCAUUUGCACAUACCACUUUAGUCAAGAUCACUUGGAGAUGUUCUUCGGCUGCAUCCGCCAGAGGGGAGGAUGGGACAAUAACCCAUCGGCGCUGCAGUUCCGUUAUGCCUACAGAUCACUCCUAGUGCAUUCUGAUGUGACGAGUUCAGCAUCAGGGAAUGUUUCUCCAGACCUGGUGGGAAUACAGAUGUUACAUCACCAGGGCACAGAACGACGAGAUCGGCACCACGAAGCAGACUCAACCGAAGUGUUUUAUGGCGGACAAGCCUCGAGCAAUGUGACUGCUGCACUUCUUGGGCAUGACUACGGGAACAUAUCUGGACUCACGGAUUUCAGUGACACAGUGCUCAAGUAUGUUGGUGGCAACCUUGUGACUAAAGCACGCAAAACAAUCACCUGCCAUGGGUGCCUGGACACCCUUGUAGAUUCUAGUGAGAGAAGUCUCCUCCUUUCCCUGAGGGAUAAGGGAGACACCACUUACCCUUCGCUUUUUCUUGUCAAUGCCUUACACUGCGCAGAGCACAUCUUCAAACUUCAAACGCGGGCUGCAGUGUCAGCACUUCAGUCAUUAGCACUCAAGUCCUUUCAGCUAUUCAUGGACUUGCACCACCAUGUGACUCAGCUGCCGCACUUCAUUGAGAGUCCUGAGCACCUCAUUGCUGCAACAAAGGUCAUCAUGAGAAAGUAUCUUACACUCAGACUCAGGGAGGCAUCUCGAUGCACCAGCGAACAAGCCCAGGGAUCGUAUAUGAGACGCAUUUUAGCCAAGCAGAUUUUGUUUAGAAAUCAGUGAUGAGAGUCAGUGAUGUGUGCUUUUUGAAGUGGACCAGAUCCAAAACAUGAAAAUAUGCUAAAUUUGUUUGCGUUGGACAGUAAACCUGGGUACCUUGUACUGAAUAGCGGCAACGUCCCAAAACAUGCAAAGUUACACCAGCAGGUGCCCAUAGACAGCUUGUUUUUAAGAAAAAUUCGUCUAUAAGUCAUGGUUCUCCUCAUGACUGUGGACGACAACUGGUCGCGCCAAAUCCCAAAUUCAGAGCUCUAGUGGCUCAAAAUCUUAUGGCACAUUUCUAGACUUCUUUAUGCUUACAGUAGUACUUGUUUCUGCAGCUUUAAAACAUAUCGGCAGAUCACCUGCGAUCAAUAAUGAUUCGCACGAACAUCAGUUUUUCGCGUUUUCCUUAGUACCAGUCUAGGUAGAUCUGGCUCACUUAAAAAAAAGGGGGGCCUCUUCAUAUACGAACACAGAAACAUUAAACAUGCAAGAUUAUGAAACAGCAGCUGUAUUAUUUAUUCCCUUUUACCAUUGUCAUUUAGUUACUAACUAUUCUUACCUAGUCAGUUGAUUUCCAAUACUGCUGUUAUCCCUGCUGAAUGAAGUGCUGUUGAUAGUGUAAUCUAUUAAUUUCACUUCUUUUGUAAUCAUGUAAGAUUUUUUUUUGGCAAUGUUGGAACGCCGCAACGCUUCCCUGCUGUUCAUUUUGUGACCCAAGCACUACUAAGACGACAUACUGUGGUAUGAAAAUUUUUGCAUGCAAAGGUUGACAACGGACCUAUCUGUCAGGAAUACAUGACUGCUCUGAUAUUCUGCUAGCAAAAAUGAAUAAACCUAUUGUGAAGCUUUCCAUCACAAACAUGCUGUUUGCCGGUUUCAGCAGAGAAAUGCAUCUUCUUCUAUGGGCAGAUUGGAUGAUAUAAUUUGAAUCUUACCUGAGUGCUCCCAUUUGAAUGAAUAGAUCUGCUUAAUAUGCUUGUUCGCACAAACAACGAGGAAGAAAGCAAGCACACCGUUCUCUUGUAACACAGUUUCAAAAGAAACGUUAAGAAAGCUUACCUAAUAAAUGUGUGCAAUCUGGUG